AUGGAUCCUUGUUCGUCUCGCUUCCCAUCGAUCCUUUUCCUCCUCUUCCUCUCCACCUCCGUAGCCUUCUCUGAGAUCCGCAAGUCGGAGAUCCGAUCCGAUGACCGGCCUAUCAUCCCCUUGGACGAAUUCGGCUUCACUCACUCGGGCCGCCUGGAGCUGGACGCGUCCAAGAUCUCUUUCUCGUCGGACAACAACAAUCUGGACAACCUGGAUCUGUCCAAGGUGGGCUUCUUCCUGUGCACCAGAGACGCUUGGGUUCACGUGAUCCAGCAGCUGGAGGAGGAGGAGAUCUCCUGCGCUCUCCAGUCGGAUCUGGUGAAGCACGUCUUCACCUUCAACCAUCUCAACAAGAAGGAGGCCAGCUUCUCCACCGUCUUCACCGAGAACGACGCCGAUCAGUACUCUCUCGUCUUCGCCAAUUGUCUCCAGCAGGUCAAAGUCUCCAUGGACGUCCGAUCCGCCAUGUUCAACCUCGAAGGUAAGAAGGGCGGCCGCGACUACCUCUCCGCCGGCAGAACCGUCCUCCCCAAGGUCUAUUUCCUCUUCUCCGUCAUCUAUUUCUCCCUCGCCGCCACUUGGAUCUACCUUCUCUACAGGAAACGCCUCACCGUCUUCGCCAUCCACUUCUUCAUGCUCGGCGUCGUCAUCCUCAAAGCUCUCAACCUUCUCUGCGAGGCCGAGGACAAAUCCUACAUCAAGAAAACCGGAAACGCCCACGGCUGGGAUGUCUUGUUCUACAUCUUCAACUUCCUCAAGGGUAUCACUCUCUUCACCUUGAUCGUCUUGAUCGGAACCGGAUGGUCCUUCUUGAAGCCUUACUUGCAGGACAAGGAGAAGAAGGUCCUCAUGAUUGUCAUUCCCCUCCAGGUCGUCGCCAAUUUUGCUCAGGUCGUCAUCGAUGAGACUGGCCCAUAUGGCCAAGACUGGGUCACAUGGAAACAGAUCUUCUUGCUUGUUGAUGUCGUCUGUUGCUGCGCUGUUCUCUUCCCCAUUGUCUGGUCCAUCAAGAACUUGCGCGAGGCCGCCAAGACCGAUGGCAAGGCUGCCGUGAACCUCGUUAAGUUAACACUCUUCAGGCACUACUACAUCGUGGUUAUCUGCUACAUCUACUUCACCCGUGUUGUCGUGUAUGCUCUCGAGACCAUUACCUCUUACAAGUAUAUGUGGACUAGUGUUGUUGCCAGCGAGUUGGCCACACUUGCAUUCUAUGUCUUUACUGGCUACAAGUUCAGGCCAGAGGUGCAUAACCCAUACUUUGUUGUCGACGAUGAGGAAGAAGAGGCUGCGGCCGAGGCCCUCAAGCUUGAAGACGAGUUUGAGUUGUAA